GUUCUGCGGCCCCACGGGGGUGGGCAAGACAGAGCUGUGCAAGAAGCUGUCCUCCAGCUUCUUCGGGUCCGCGGAGGCGAUGAUCCGGCUGGACAUGAGCGAGUUCAUGGAGAAGCACACGGUCUCCAAGCUCCUGGGGGCCCCUCCCGGGUACGUGGGCUACGGCGAGGGCGGCACCCUCACAGAAGCUGUCCGCCGUCGUCCCUACUCCCUGGUGCUCUUCGACGAGGUGGAGAAGGCGCACCCUGACGUCUUCAACACUCUGCUGCAGCUGCUGGAUGAUGGCCGCCUCACCGACUCUAAGGGCCGUGUGGUGUCCUUCAGCAACACGCUGGUGGUGAUGACCUCCAACCUCGGGAGCCGAAGCGUGCAGAAGGGCGCAGGCGGCGGCCUGGGCCUGGGCUUCGGCACCGAGGAGGACAGCUCCGAGAGGAGCUACAACGCCAUCAGGGAGGCGGUGCAUGAGGAGAUGAAGAGCUUCUUCCGCCCAGAAUUCCUGAACCGCCUGGACGAGAUUUGUGUCUUCAGGCCGCUCACCAAGGAGGGCAUUCGCGCCAUUGCGGAGGUGGAGUUCAACAAAGUGGCCGAGCGCCUGCUGCAGGAGCUGGGCUGCACGUGUCCCUGA